UCUCCUGCCUCUCAGCCUCCAGAGUAGCUGGAAAUACAGGCGCAGGCCACCAUACCCGACCGCCGGCUGACGGGGAUGGCAGGGAGGUGGUGCUGUGGGGCUGUAGGCGGGUGUACUCUGUGAGCGGCACCCGGGAGUCUGCACCUGCGCCUGCGCCUGUGCCUCACGACUGCCGGCACCCAUUUUGCCUGCCCGCCAAGGGGACCCGUGCGCUGCCUGCUGCUUGGGGGACAGCCCUUAAAGAUGACACCUCCGCAAACGCUGGCCUCUUGAGCCAGGGGGAUGCUGUUUUGAAAGUCACUCCCCAAAACAGUUAAGGUUUUGUUUUAUUUGCAACAGCCCCCCACUCUCGUUCAACUCACCCUGGACCACUUCUGGUUGCUGGCCCGCAGCUCAUAACUUAGGUUUAAGUGACCUCGGCCCGGGAUGCCCCUUGGCUCACCCUGGGCUCGUAUCGUGAUCCUGGCUUGAGUGGCCCAGGGUGGGAGACCUGGAAAUUUUAGCCUCGCUGUUCUCAAGGCGGGUUAAUUAGCCCAAGAAACAUUAUAUUCAUUUUCUGCAUAUGCCACCAAAGGAUCCAUGCCAGAAGCAAGCCUGUGAGAUACAGAAAUGUUUACAAGCCAACAACUACGUGGAAUCAAAGUGUCAGGCUGUCGUCCAAGAACUGCGUAAGUGUUGUGCUCAGUAUCUGAAGGGAAGGUCUGUCGUCUGUUUAGGAUUUGAAAAAGAGGAAGAAACCCUAACACUGAAGUCUACAUCGAAGUAAAGUUCUGCUGAAGUGCUGCUCCAUGUUUCCACAGAAUGAAUUUUUUUUUAAUCUUCCUGUCUUUCUUCAAGCCAGGUAGCAGCAAAUAGCAAAUGAAAAAGUCAGCUAUAAAAGUUAAUGAAUAUGCCAUCUAUGCAGAACAGGCAGAAAUAUAAACACAUUAAAAGAUAAAUAUGCAGAAUGUAAUAAAUUGAGCUGCUAAAAUAAACCUGUUUAAGAG